AUGGGGAUUCUGAAAGACCCCAUGGAUAAGAGGAUGGAUCAGCAAUUAAAAAGGGCUUGGCAAUCCAUCAUGGGCAACCUUAAGCCAGCAAUGGCAACUACUUGCGUCUCCAGAAACAUGGAGUAUUGUCUGACCCAAAUUAAGGCUCAUAUAAUGGCUGAUUCGCCAAAGCAAGAAAUCCUAGACUCCUUUUCAACCCUGUCAGCUGCUGUAGCCUAUGUCUCAGAUGCAUCUGCAGAAUCUAUCAGAAUGACAGCAAGGUCCACGGCCCUUACUAAUUCAGGAGAAAUUGUUGGAGGAUCUCGAAAGAGCUCGCAGUCAUCUAGAAGCAUUGGGCUGGAUCAUAAAUAUGGAAAAAUAUUAUUUCAACCCAACCCAAGAAGUACAAUUUCUGGGCUUGGGCCGGAGGUUUCUCUACUACUACUACUACUACUACUACUACUGAUAAGUGGAAGCAGCCUCCCUUUUAAGAAGUUUGGUGGAGGUGUGUUUCCUGUCAAAUCCAAAAUCCGCAUUCGGGAUGGUCGUGCUAAGCCUAUUGAUCUCCUGGCAAAGUACAUAAGUGCAGAAGAUGAUGAUUUAGCGGUUGAAAUGCAUGAGCCAUACACUUUCCUGACUGGACUUACUGUGUCUGAUCUUGAAGACUUACUAGAAGAUAUCCGAAUCUACAUGGAGUUAGAGCAGGGAAAAAAUGUGGAUUUUUGGAAAGAUAUGACCAUUAUCACAGAGGAUGAAAUCUCUAAACUACGAAAGCUGGAAUCUUUUGGCAAAGGCCCUGGAGAGAGGCGAGAAGGUGUAAAUGCUUCUGUCUGCACUGAUGUACAAGCUGUCUUUAAAGGGAAGACUUACAGCCAGCUUCAGGUCAUUUCUCAAGGAAUUGAGAGCAAAAUAAAGGCAGGAGGACCAAACCUGGAUAUUGGCUAUUGGGAAAGUCUUUUACAACAGCUCCGUGCUUACAUGGCAAGAGCCAGGCUUCGAGAGAGGCACCAGGAUAUUCUGCGACAAAAACUGUUCAAGCUCAAGCAAGAACAGGGUGUUGAAAGCGAGCCUUUGUUCCCUAUUGUAAAGCAAGAGCCAUGUUCUCCAUGUGAAAGCUCGGCUAGAGAUGAGUCUGAACAGCCUGGCCCAUCUUCUGAUGUUUUGGUACCCGAUGAAUCUGGAAGUGUGCCAGAAGGGGAGGGGAAAGAGGAAUGUGGGGAGUCUGUGCUUAUUGAAGAAGAUCUAAUACAGCAGAGCCUCAAUGAUUAUGAUGUUGGAAGGUACAGCCCCAAACUAUUAACCAACCAGGAGCUGCCUUUUGAUGCACACAUAGUAGACUUUGAAGAAGACCAACAGAGACUGGUAUUGUGUAGACAACAGCUGCAAGUGACAGGUGAUGCUUGUGAGAGUGCUGAAGACAUCUUUAUUCGAAAGGCAAAAGAAGGAAUGGAUGGUGAUGAAGCUCGAUUCAGUGUGGAAAUUCCAGUUACAAGCAAAGCCUAUCUAUGGGCAGACAAAUACAGGCCUCGUAAACCUCGGUUCUUUAAUCGUGUACACACUGGCUUUGAGUGGAAUAAAUACAACCAGACCCACUAUGAUUUUGACAAUCCUCCUCCAAAGAUUGUACAGGGCUACAAAUUUAAUAUUUUUUAUCCAGAUUUGAUUGAUAAAAGGUCAACUCCUGAAUAUUUCCUUGAGGCUUGCCAAGACAAUAAGGACUUUGCAAUUCUAAGGUUUCAUGCAGGGCCUCCUUAUGAGGACAUUGCAUUUAAAAUAGUAAAUCGUGAGUGGGAGUAUUCUCAUCGACAUGGUUUUCGCUGCCAAUUUUCAAAUGGUAUUUUUCAGUUGUGGUUUCACUUUAAGAGAUAUCGAUACAGAAGAUAGAUGUUUUGUGACCUGGGAAUAUAUUUUGUCUGACCACACUUUAUACCAUAAAUAAAAAGAUAAAGGAUCGUUAAUUCCUGAAGAUGUCCCCAGUGUUUUAUUUAGCUGACCGAAAUGUAAAUGUUUUGAUUUUAUGUGCUGGAAUACUGUUUUUAUGAUUUUUUUUUUCAAUAAAAAGGUUGACUGUU